AAGACAGAAAAAUCUAAGCUGUUGUCUGAUAUAAGUGCUCGUCUAUGGUUUACAUACAGAAGGAAAUUUUCACCAAUUGGGAGAACAGGCCCUUCAUCUGAUGCUGGCUGGGGAUGUAUGCUACGCUGUGGACAGAUGAUGCUGGCCCAAGCCCUUAUCUGUAGACACUUGGGAAGGGAUUGGAACUGGGAGAAACAAAAAGAACAGCCCAAAGAAUACCAAAGGAUUCUGCAGUGUUUCCUAGAUAGAAAAGACUGUUGCUAUUCGAUCCAUCAGAUGGCACAAAUGGGUGUAGGAGAAGGGAAAUCAAUUGGCGAAUGGUUUGGACCAAAUACAGUCGCGCAGGUGUUAAAAAAAUUCGCUUUAUUUGACGAAUGGAAUUCCUUGGCUGUUUAUGUGUCAAUGGAUAACAGAGUGGUCAUUGAAGAUAUCAAGAAGAUGUGCUGUGUUCUUCCCGUGGGAGCCGACACAGCUGAUGAGAGCCCCCCUGCUUCUCUGACGGCUUCCAAUCAGAGUAAAGGCCCCUCUACCAUGUGCCCAGCUUGGAAACCCCUGCUGCUCAUUGUGCCCCUUCGCCUGGGCAUAAACCAAAUCAAUCCUGUGUAUAUUGAAGCAUUCAAAGAAUGUUUUAAGAUGCCACAGUCUUUAGGGGCUUUAGGAGGAAAGUCAAAUAACGCCUAUUAUUUCAUAGGAUUCUUAGGCGAUGAGCUGAUUUUCUUGGACCCUCACACACCCCAGACCUUUGUGGACACUGAAGAAAGUGAAAUUGUAGAUUAUCAGACCUUCCAUUGCCUGCAGUCUCCACAGCAAAUGAGCAUCCUGAACCUGGAUCCUUCUGUGGCCUUGGGAUUUUUCUACAAAGAAGAGAAAGACUUUGACAAUUGGUGUAGCCUUGUUCAAAAGGAAAUUCUAAAGGAGAAUUUGAGGAUGUUUGAAUUAGUUCAGAAGCAUCCAUCACAAGAUUCUAUUCCCACAGCUCUGGGGUUAUGAACCUGUGACUCUGUA